CGUAUCGUCGCAGGCGGGUAACAGCAUGGAACAGCCGGCGUGCGACGCGCGUCUCGCCUCCUCUACUCCUUGUUUACGUGCAGCUGCCUUGGGAAGACGAAGAAUGUCCGGAUGCCCGAAGAAGAAGUGGCUUACCAGGAAGAGCUCCGUGCUGCCAAGCGAGAAGGGAUACGUCACCGCCGAGCUAAUUGGCACUCCACGCAUAAACUUCGGCUGAGAAGAGGCGACGCCGAGUCGAGGAUCCAGAGUUUCAGUCCAGGGAAGGCGAGAAUAGGCGCCGAACGCUUGACGUCGCCGACAAAGCGAUGCCGGCCUGCGCCUGCUCGAAAACUUCAAGCGCCAAGCCCGGCGAGACAUGGGGGUGCGAACGGCUGAUUCCGGCGCGAAUUUCUGGGCAUACAGUUUGGGCACAGCUGUCGCGUCUGUGACCGACUUUGGUACUCAACACAACGGAACCGCUUUUCUUGUACUAUUUCUGUACAACGCUACACCGUUCAGAUACAUGCUAUGGUUUCGAGUGCAUUAAUGAAACUAAUACCUGCGAACAUAUCCGUAAAACCUCACUGACCAACACGACAUACAAUUUCACUCGGUCAAUGCUGGAUGAAUCUGAACAAUGGCAGAACACGUCUUAUAGCGCAGAAUUUGUUACGACGCAGACGCCACCAAUUGAAAUGAAAUACAACGGCACAGACGGAAAUACGACGUAUGAAAUUGAUAUGAAGUUGACUUAUAAUCAACCAGACACAUACAACUGCAGUGUCUUUACGAUGACUUUUACGCCAAAUGAAACUGCCGAUGUCCGAGCUGCUGCCAUGUACGUUCGUGGAGGACUUCCCAAUGGUACAUUGCCCCCAGAUUAUUGCCAAAUAGAAUUUAUGACGCACUGCUUCGGGAUAAUUUACAAGCCAUACAAUUGGAACUGCUCUGUAAGCGAGCCGACUGGACAGCAGGAGGAGCAGAAAUAAAACAGGGCUGAAAAGUAGAAGGAGUAGAAUACAAGAACGAUUGCUGCACGUGUACAAUAAAUGUUCGUGAACGUUA